AUGGCUUUAAGAUCAGCUUUCUUGAUUACGAUGAUAAUUGCAUUAGCCGUUGCUCCGGCGGCUUUUGCCACCGAUUAUACGGUUGGAGACGACUCCGGCUGGAAAUUAGGCGUUAAUUACACGGAAUGGGCCGAGGGCAAAAACUUCCGUGUCGGUGACACCAUCAGAAAUGAUGUGAUUCCUCUUGCGACACCUGGCAAGAAGUGGUAUAUUUGUACUGUUGGCGAGCAUUGCUCCAAGGGGAUGAAGCUCGUCAUCACUGUAUCUGGGGCCGAGGGGUCGGUCACUUCGGCCGGGACCACUGCAGUUUCUGCAUUGAGAUCUUGCGUGUCGAUACUUACAACGAUGGUUGCCUAUAAAAUGGUCGUGGGUAAUUAG